CAAAGCAUAUAGUAACAAAUUAAGUAGCAUUUGCUCCGAAACAUAGUCUUCAACUUGAAAAAAUAUAUCGGAUCGAUGGAUCGGGUAGCAAAAUUGGCGUCACAGAAGGCAGUGGUGAUCUUCAGCAAGAGUUCAUGUUGCAUGUGCCAUGCAAUCAAGAGAUUGUUCUACGAGCAAGGGGUGAGUCCAGCUAUAUACGAGCUUGACGAGGACGCCAGAGGCAAGGAAAUGGAAUGGGCUCUGAUGAGGCUCGGCUGCAACCCAUCGGUCCCAGCCGUGUUCAUCGGUGGUAGGUUCAUCGGGUCAGCUAACACUAUCAUGACCCUUCACCUCAAUGGUUCCUUGAAGAACUUGCUAAAAAAUGCCGGUGCUAUUUGGCUUUAAAUUUUAAAAGAGUUACAAUUUCCCCCACAGCAUGUAGCCCGGCUUUUAAUUUGUAUUGAAAAUAAAUCUAUAGAGCCUAAUGUAUCUUUAUAUAUAUAUAUAUAUAUGUACGUGUAUAUUUUAUGCUUUGAAAUUUGAACUUCAUUGGAGUUUACUCUUGAAAGUCAAAGCUUUUGACUUUUUUUACCCAAUAAUUCUUCAAGUUGUUAUAAUCCUUGUGACUGGUAUCAAAUCGAAAAUAGUUGGAUGAGAGGAUUUACGGUCAA